AUGUUUAAAGAAUCUGAUGGUCUGAAGAAAAUCAGAGAGAAUGGCAUAGAGUUAUUAGGGCAACCUCCUCCUGAUCAAGAUCCUAGAUUAACAAUGUCACCGACAUUUAAACUUGAUAUGGUCGAAACAAUUUUGUUCCUAUGCACGAUCAUAUACCAUAGAGAUGUUAAUGCAGUUUAUGAUGCAUAUAAAAUCCUCCAGGAAAGAGGUUAUGAUAAACCUACGACUGAAGACUUGGAAGAAGUUAAUCGUUUACUCAACGUUUCCGUUCAAGAAAUUCGUGAGUAUGCAGAUGAGUGGGGACUAGAGUUCCAACCCCUCUCGGAACUUGGUUGCCUCGAAAUUCAUAGUGGAUUUUAUAAUUGCCUGUUUCCCGAGGACAAUUAUGCUACAUCAAGAGUGUUCGGGUCCUAUCCUUCUCGUAGGAUAGUUGAAGCUAUACGCGAAAAAGCUAAAGAAAUUGCCAUGGCUGAUCGCGAGGACGACGGAGAUGAUAAUGAUGCAGAGGGAAAAAUUCGGCGAGUGAAUGUCUGGGUUGCCGGACAUUCGCUUGGUGCUGCCCUGGCUCAAAUUUUCUACGCAAGACUUGUAAAAACAAACGACCUUGGACGUUACGCUGUCAUGAGAGAUGCAUUCGUCUUCGCGGGUCCAGCGGUGGGAGAUAACAACUUCUUUUCGGAAUUUAAUAGUCAUCUUAAUAUCCGUUUUUCUGAUAAUCGAACGCUCUGGCGUGUUAUCAACGAAUAUGAUAUUGCCCCUAAUUUGCCUCCAAUGCUAUCCUGUCCUCGCAUUCGACAAUAUCUCGAGAAAAAUGAUGUUUUUAACUAUUUUCACAUUGGUGAUGCAGUAAAAUUCUAUCAACACGACCGAAAGCCCGAAAGUCAUAGAGACAUCUUUGGAAAAAUAAAAGAUGUUUCUCAGAUUAAUAGGAAUGUAACGUGGAGUAACCUUUCGAAUGUUCUGCAACAAAGACGUGCGAGGGACAGUAGGCCGAGAAGCAGAUAUUCGAUUUACGAGUUUGUUAGAAGUUUAGUACCAUGUAAUUCAGGAGGGAAGAAUGAUUACAAUGCGGCGAUGUUUGGUCCAUUCGAGUCUCUGUUGUCAGGUUUUAUUAGAAACCACAUGCCUCAUCGUUAUUUUUCAGCCAUGGAGAGGUCUAGAGAUUACUUUGAAAAACAUGUGGAUACGUAG